CUCCAUGGUGAAAAAUCACCAUUAAAGGACCUCAUUGAAACUCAAAGAUCCAACCUACAUAGAAGUCCCACAAGCAAGCUUCCAUCACAGAUGGUUGCAACUGAGGCUAUACAAGAGGUUGUUGUUGCUGAGAGUUUGCUGCAAUGUCUAAGUGUAUAUGCAGAGCUUAGUAAUUCUGCUAAGGAACAAAACCCGCAGCCUGUAGUAGAGGAGUUCCUAACUCUUCAUGCUAGCCUGAAUAUUGCGCGGAUGAUUGUUGACUUGCUAUCUAAAUCCAAUCCAGAUGAUUCUUCUCCAGAUAAUGAAAGAAGCAUAACAGAAGAGGCACUAAAACUCAAACUAGAUAGACAAAGGCAAGCAAACUCUUGGGUCCAGGCUACUUUAUCCACCAAUCUAUCAUCCUUUUCUGUUUAUAACCGCCAACCUCUAUCAUCCAAGCUUCCAGUUUCAACCAAUUCUCAAAACCAAAAUAAUAUCCUGGGAAGUAAACCAAUGCUAGUCAUGGAAAAUUCAAGUGAAGAUUCAUCAAAAUCUCAUGGAAACAGGUGAUAUAGGGCAUGAAAAUCGUUUAGACUGCCCAUUACGCGGUUUCGCAAUCUCCGCUUUGUCUUCCUCUUCACUCUUGAUUCCAUCAACGCUUCUCUCGUCACCAUU